AUGAACGAAGACAAGGAAUUUUAAAAGAAAGUUCAAUUAGCAGUUGAUUCUGUAAGAAGUAUAUAUAAUUUGAGUAUUUGGGGAAAAGAGAGAAGCAAUCAUAAAUGGUGGAAUAGAUUUAGAACGUAUUAGAGAGAGAAUAAUUGAUUGAUUAAGUUCAAAAGUUAAUUGUGGAAUUGAUUACUAAAUUGACUGAGCGUUUUAUAUCUAAUGUAAAAGGAAAUAGUAAGGCUGCAUUAGAUGAAAAAGCAAGUGGAAAAUGAGAUUUUGAAGUUAAGAGAAACAAUCCGAUCAACUCAUUAGAGAACCUAUUCUGCAGUAGAUAAAGAAAAAGUAGAAGAUUAAGUUUAAAGAACAAUAAAUAAGCAUGAUGUUCAAAUUAAUAUGUUAUUAGAACAUUAGUAUGUUAAUUUUUAUUAAUUAAUUUUAGAGCUUAAUUAAAAUAGAUAAGAUCAGAAGCAUUUAACUCUGAGAGUAAUUUAUUUGAUAUAAGUAAAAGAAAGAGUGGGAAAACAAUAUUAAAAAGGAGUAAGAAAAAUUGAAAUUAGAAUUAGAUGAACAACUUAAAUCAUUUUAGAGAAAUUAUAAUUGUAAUUAUGAUUUAUAUAAAUGAAUUAGAGAAAUAAUAAACAAUUAUGUAAAUUUUAAAUGAUUUAGUUGUAAAGAUAGAAAAAAUAGAAGCAUCAUAUGUACAAUAAUAAAUGACUAUUGGAUAAGAUAAGAAAAAAAAAUGA